AAUCGAACAGUAUAAUAAAAAAUAAUAUUAAUAAUAACAAUAAUAAGGAAUAAUACAAAACAUAUUUAACUAAAAAUGGGUUUCCUGUCCGCUACAAGAAAGGUAUUUAGUGAAUUUACAGAAAAACUACGCAUACCUAAAUUUAAGAACCCAUUUAAAAAAUUUCCGGAGUUCGAUAUACCUACACAUGAAAUAAAACUUCACGCUGAUUCAUUGAUCAAAAAGUUUGAACUGAAUGACGUUCACCUAAGUAUUUCAAAAGACACGAAUGUCAAAGUAAAGAACCUAAAUGGUGAAGUGCACAUCAACAAUCACGCCUGGCACGAAAUAUCAUCGGAAUUGGAGUCUGGUAGAAUUGGUAAAUUUUGUGAAAAAUUGUCGAUAAGGAGUUCAUUGAGUCAUGCAGAUGAAUUAACAAUACGUGAAAUCCAUUUUAAAAAUGUUCCAGCUAAAGUUUUGGCUGAUGUAGAAGAAAGUUUUGUAGUGCAUAGUAAAAAGUUUGGUGAUAUAGGUACGACUAAACUUAAAAAUGCUGAAAAACUAUCUCCAAAAAGUAAGGGAAAGAUAAUUAAAUAUGUUACUAAAUCUGCUUUAAUCGUAGUAGCCACAGGUGCUGCUAUUGGAAUAACUUUUGCAUCAGUUGUUAGUGAAAUGCACAAAGCCGAAGGCUGUUUUCUUUACGAUGGGAUCAACCAAAAAAGCUGUAAAUUAACUGAUCGUUCCUGUGCUUAUCCACAAACAUCUAACACAAUACAAUCGUGUAAUCCAAAUGCUUUCACGCAAUUCUUUAACAUAAAAUUUAAUACAAAUUUGAAUUUAGCGAUACGUAAAACACUUCAAGAUCCAGUCAAAAUUCAAGAAUUGAAAACUGCAUUAGGUGUAGCAAAUAUAACUGUUGACAAUAUAGAAAACCUUAUUGAAGACCAUUAUGACAAAAUCAAUGAAUUUUACGAACUCCAUGGAAGACCAGACAUCUUCGAUCCAUGUAAAUUAUUUGAAGGAUCAACAAAACCUAUCUGUGUCGCAUGUGAUUCGAAUGCCGCAAUCAAUAGCUAUCGCUAUCUUGAUACCACUAGUUUAACUUUUAAUAAUAAAUCGUAUUGUAGCGAAGACCCAUCAGUGCUUAAGGCCCUUGGCACAGUGUUAGGUGAGAGUGUUAAAUCUUUAUCGGAUGGUUUAGGUGCUUCAUCUUUCUUCGGCACUUUCUUUGAAUAUAUCAUGUACGCAAUAGUAGGAUUUAUUUUACUGUGCGGUGUUGGUUACGCUGUUUCUUUUAUUCAUAAAAAUAAGGAUGAUGAUGAUGAAGUCAGCUAUUCAAAGCUUGAAAACGAAAAUGAUUAAUUUAAUUGAAAUUUUAUAAAGAUUUAAAACAUUUACAAACGAAAGUAAUUAAUUAGAAAUUUGUAUGAUGAAAAAUUGUUUUUUCUUUAAAAUUUUAAAAAUAAAAAAAUGAAUCAAACUUCUGGUCUCGAUACGCAGGGGAACAUUUAUGAAAUUUCUAGAAACAUUUCAUACAUUUAUGAUUAAGAACAACCGAUUUACGUUUUUUUAUCCGAUCUCGUAUGGAAAUUU